CACAAAGCGUCCACCCCUUGUGCUCUUGAGUGUGCGUGUGUGUGUGUGAGUGAGAGAGAGAGAGAGAGAGAGAGAGAGAGUGGAAUCGGGUUGCUUGGUAAACAAGUUUACAAACAUUUAUCUACAAGUCUGGGUCUGGCCGGAAUUUCAACCCAGAGGAAGCAUCUGGUUCUCUGAGGUGUUGACAGACCUCUUGGAUUAUGAGGGGAAGAGGGUGCUGUGCUCUGCUGCUUCAUGACUUACAACCCUGAUGUGAAAGUCUAAUUUGUUUGCCCAAGGAGAGUCCCCAAAAUCUUUCCAUGUAGUCAGGAGCCAAGAUGAUGUGUUUCCUGCAUCAGAAAAAGUUGCUUCUCUCUGUCCUGUUUUUUUUCAUCGUAGUUGGAUCCUACAUGAUGCAUUUACGCCUGAAGAAUUCUCUGCUGCCAAAGGACAAAGUGAUUGCCCUCAUUCCCUCCAGCACGGUGACAGAAAGAGUUCCUCGUACAACUCGAUUUCAAGAGGAGGUCACUAAACCAAAAAAACCCACAAAACCAGCCAAGCCCAUAACAAAACCAGCCAAGCCCACAGAGCCAGACUUCUUUGGAGACCGUUAUACCAUGGAUGAUUAUUUACCACAAACUAGCUGCCCAAACAGUAUUCGGAAGAGAAUGUUGCAGACUGAUUUUGGUAAGAAGUUUUUGGCCAAUGUGUCAAUAUUGCAGUGGGCCAAGCAUUUCUCUGACAAAGAAUAUGAGCGGUUGCGCAGCCAUUAUGGUGCUCAUGGAUGGGGUAGCGUCAGUAUUGAAGUUCUUAAGAAAUCACUGUUCAUCUUAAACACCUCCGCUAACCAUCUUAUGUUUGACGACUGGGAGAUGAGGCAAAACGGAUCCCAGUGUAUCCGGUGUGCUGUGGUCGGAAAUGGGGGCAUCCUGAACGGGUCAGGGAAAGGGCGGGAGAUUGACCAGAACCAUUACGUCUUCAGGACAAAUGGUGCCAUUUUUAAAGGCUUUGAAGAUGAUGUUGGUGCACGUACCUCUUUCUAUACCUUCUCUACUAACACCUUACGCAACUCUAUAAGAACCUAUAAAAGCUUAGGGUUUGAUGGCCCCCCCAAGAGCAAGGAGACCAAGUAUAUUUUCCUUCCUGAUCAUGACCGGGACUAUAUUCUCAUGAAAUCUGCAGUCAUGCACACAACAGUUGAUUCAGGACCAGAGCAGGGUGUUGAGCCAAAACAGUAUUUUGGAGAUGACGUGACUGCAGAGAAGUUUAAAAUGUACCACCCUGAUUUCAUCCGGUACCUUAGAAACAGGUUUUUGCAUUCACAAACUCUCAACACCAAAUAUAAAAACAUCUACAGGCCGUCAACAGGAGCAGUGAUGCUGCUGGCUGCUGUUCAUGCAUGUGAUGAGGUAAACGCCUAUGGAUUUAUCACGCCGGACUACAAAAAAUAUUCAGAUCAUUACUAUGACAAAAGUUACCAAAAACUACAUUUCUACGCCAACCACGACAUGGACAUGGAGUUGAAGCUGUGGCAGCACCUGCACAAAUUAAAACUGAUAAAUCUCUAUAUGCGAAAGUGAAUGAGGUGACCUCACUUGGACCCAAGUGUAAUCAACUCAUGUCUGAUCUCUCACUGGAGCUGAGGGGUUUUAUGCUGCAGGCAAAAACCUUGUGAUGUUUAUGGCCUUUGGAUUUUACUUUCCCAGCCAAAUAGAGUGUCAAUGAAGAAGACAGACAUUUGUUUAUUGCCUGUAAAUCAUUUCAGUAACUGAAAAAGUGUUGGAGUUGCAUUGGCAAUAACCUUUAACUCAUUCUGACAUAAGAUGCCUUACUGCAAAGUGAAAAUGCCAACUGUUGGGCUAAUUUUUGUGUGCGAGUGUGUAUGUAUAUGUGUGGGUUUGUUUAUGUAUUUAAUGAAGGAAGCAUUGUGCAAUGAUGCCUUUAAUACAGUCGCUAAAGUUUAACAUCAGACUUAUCCAAUGAAAACCAAAGACUAACCAUUUAUCUUGAGAAUCAUUUAAACACCUGGAUGACAA